CAUUUGAGGAAGUGUCAAGAUAUCAACAUGUUAUGAGGAAUUUAAAACCUUUUAAUUCUGGCUGCUGUGUUGUUCUGUCAGUCCUGCACUGAUCCGUGGACAUGGAGAGAAAGCUGUGUUUCCCGCUCUUCGCAGUUCUGCUGUUUGUGAUGCUGAACUCUGCUCAAGCCCAAACUAUAGAGUCAUACUCGGAGGUCGGCGGUACCCUGAUCCUGACGCCGCCGUUCUCUGGAGCUAUAACCAGCAUCCUGUGGAAACAUGACGGUAACCUGGUGGUUGAGUUGGUGGGAAAUGAGGUGGAUUACUACGGCAAAUUUAGGGGCAUGGCAACCCUGAACACAACCACUGGACGUUUGGAAAUUAAAAACAUGAAUAAAAUUUACGCGGGGUGGUACACGGUGGAGAUCAACAACCAGGUCCAGAGUCAGGAAUACAAUGUUGAACUAAUCAAGAAAGUGCCAAAGCCUGAGGUGGUGUUCAAACCACUGAUAUGUUCCCCUGCCUUGCUCAACUGCACCAUGACCUGUGAUGGAGACACCUCAGAGGCUGGACCUGUCACCUACAGCUGGAGGGAGGGAGACGGAGAGUGGAUACCGGGGGAAAAGAACAAGAGCAUCAAGAAUGAUGAAGAGACUAAAAAGGUUAAAACCUUCUCCUGCCAGAUGAAGAACCCACUCGGUGUGGAAGAAAGUGAACCCCAACCAAAUCCAUUCUAGGUUGAACCUCCAACCUGGCCUGAAGUUUUACACCUUGUCUGAAAGAUGUUGGUGAUGAUGACACUCUUUGGGACUAGUGGAAACUGAUCUGUCCUCGUCAAGAUGGAAAUGGUAAAAUCUGAAAACAAACUAAUUUGCAGCUAAAUUCAUCGCCUUACUAACUCGUUUGAUAUUUGAUAUAUGAUGCAUAUGCAGCUGACAGCAUGUAUGAAGUGUUUAGAAGCUGUAAUUAAUGGAUUGAUUAUGGGUAAUAAAUCAUUGAUCAAUGUUUUAUAGAUCAGUUAUGAGCCACGUACAGGUUACAAACCCCUUGUUUUAACAUCUCGCAGAUGCAACAAAAAGAUUCGGUCUGCUGUAGGGUCGUCUUUUUCUUGCUCUGUAUUUUUUCUGUUAUUUUUGUCGUCUAUCCAUUUAACAUGUUACAGCUUAUUCAUCAUCAGCAUUUCACUGCAUACUGAAUUAAAAAAACUACAAAAAGA